AUCAACGCAAAUGCCUCCUUAACUGUGUCUUUGGCACAGACUCCUUACUGCAAGAAGCACAGAUAUGAUCCCCAGAACCCCCUCUGUGCCCACAUAAUCUUCUGUGGGAGUAUUGUAAAGGUGAAUGAUUCAGAAGCGGGUUUAGCAAAAAAAGCAUUAUUCAGUCGCCACCCUGAAAUGGAAAGUUGGCCUAAGGAUCAUAAUUGGUUCUUUGCCAAAUUCAACAUCACCAAUAUUUGGGUCCUGGACUACUUUGGUGGAUUGAAAAUUGUGACACCAGAAGAAUAUUACAGCGUCAAGCCUUAG